UGGCUGCGCCUACGCACUGCCCGCCGCACCUUGCCGCCCGCCUCGCGCCAGUCAGCAGCUGUGGCUCGUGUUGGCUGAACCAUCUAUAGGGCCAUCCUCUUUUUCUUUGCCUUAGGACUCCUAGAUCAACAAACCAAACACAAUGGCGGAUGAUGAAAAAAAGCGUCUCGAGGAGGCGAAGAAGGCCAAACAGGCCGAAAUCGACCGCAAGCGCGCUGAGGUGCGCAAGCGUAUGGAGGAGGCCUCCAAAGCCAAGAAGGCGAAGAAGGGUUUCAUGACACCUGAGAGGAAGAAGAAGCUCAGGUUGCUGCUGCGUAAGAAAGCCGCUGAGGAACUGAAGAAGGAGCAGGAACGCAAAGCGGCUGAGAGGAGGCGCAUCAUCGAAGAGAGGUGCGGUAAACCCAAGAACAUUGAAGAUGCAAACGAAGCGGCUCUCACGAGCAUCAUAACCGGUUACCAUCAGCGUAUCGCCAAGCUUGAAGAGGAGAAGUACGAUCACGAGAUGGAAGUGGCCCGCAGAGCGCUCGAGAUCUCGGACCUGAACUCUCAAGUCAACGACCUCAGAGGCAAAUUCGUCAAACCCACACUAAAGAAGGUGUCCAAAUACGAGAACAAAUUCGCCAAGCUCCAGAAGAAGGCCGCUGAAUUCAACUUCCGUAACCAGUUGAAGGUCGUCAAAAAGAAGGAGUUCACCCUUGAAGAAGAAGACAAAGAGGGUGGCGCUGCAGCCAAGAAAAAACCAGACUGGUCCAAGGGCAAGCCAGGAGAUCAGAAGGUAAAAGAGGAAGAGGUUGAGGCAUGAACUGUUAAUCACCCCCACCUACUGUAAGACCUUUAUUCUAUGUCAAUUGACAAUUGUAAUUAACUACCAACACAUUGUGAUAUACCUACCCUCUAUGGCCCGUCGGCCUCCCGCUGACGUCAUCCCGUAGGUAUCUACCAGCAACAAGUUCCUCCAUUAAAAUCUGUGUACUUGUCGAUUGAUCAAAUCCAUUUCGAACAUGUCAAAUAAUUUUUUAUAAUUAUUUAUUUAUUAAAUAAUGAUUUUUUGUAAGAUAAUACGUUUAAUAAAUUAAUUUUCUGUACUGUAUUACA